GCGAUGGCGUCUGCUGAUCUGAGACAGGCACUGAAUUGUUCCAUCUGCCUGAGCAUUUAUACAGAUCCUGUAACCCUGAGAUGUGGCCACAACUUCUGCUGGGUCUGUAUUGAUCGUGUGCUGGAUACACAGGAGGAGGCUGGAGUUUAUACCUGUCCUGACUGCAGAGCAGAGUGUCAGGAGCGUCCUGCACUGCAGAGGAACAUAACACUGUGUAACAUAGUGGGGAGUUUCCUGUCUACUCGGCCAGAUCAGGAGGAGACUGGGAUCUUCUGCACUUACUGUGUGGACUCUCCUGUACCUGCUGCUAAAUCCUGUCUGCUGUGUGAGGCUUCUCUGUGUGAUAAUCACCUGAGAGUACACAGCAAGUCAGCAGAACACGUCUUAUGUGAUCCCACCACUGCCCUGGGGAACAGGAAAUGCUCCGUCCAUCAGAAGGUCCUGCAGUAUUACUGCACUGAGGACGCUGCCUGUAUCUGUGAGUCCUGCAUGCUGGAUGGAGAACAUCAGGGACACCAGGUGGAGUCGCUGGAUGAGGCUACUGAGAAGAAGAAGGAGAAACUGAGGAAUGUUCUGCAGAAACUGACUACAAUGAGAGAGGAUAAUGAGAACAGAGUGCAGAGUCUGCAGGUGCGCAGGAGAGAACAUCAGGAGAAAGCAGCAGGUGUAACAGAGAGAGUCACUGCCCUGUUUAGAGACAUCAGGAGACAGCUGGAUGACCUGGAGAAGAGAGUCCUGAGUGAGAUCUCCAGGCAGGAACAGCGCGUUUCACUCUCAGUCUCUGAUCUGAUCCAGCAGCUGGAAAUAAAGAAGGACGAGCUGUCCAGGAAGAUGCGUCACAUUGAGGAGCUGUGUAAGAUGUCUGACCCAGUGACUGUCUUACAGGAACCAGACACAGGGGACUUGUGUGAUACUAAGGACAGAAAGAGACAGUAUUCACAGGUCCAUGGUGCAGGAGAUCUUGAUGUGGGUCUCAUCUCAGGGAUAUUACACACAGGGAUGUCUGAUAUAAUAAGAGGUAUAAAUGUAUGUUUCUAUAUGCAGGGACCUACAGACAUAGUGCUGGAUGUAACUACAGCUGGUAAUUAUAUACAGAUAUCAGGUGACGGGAAAACUGCAUCCAGGUCACAUAAAACCAUGAAUCGCCCAGAGUCAUCAUGGAGAUUUCAGAAUGAUCAGGUAAUAAGCACCAGGGGAUUCUCCUCAGGGCGACAUUACUGGGAGGUGGAUGUCAGUAAGUCAGAGUACUGGAGGGUGGGGAUGUGUUACCCCAGUAUAGAGAGGAAAGGAGAUAAGUCGGAGAUUGGGAAGAAUAACAAGUCCUGGUGUCUGUAUAAGAUGUUUGAUAAUCAGUACUCAGUGAGACAUGACAGUACAUCAAUCCAGAUACCUGACAAUAUCCCCUGUGACAGAGUGAGGGUAUAUCUGGAUUAUGGGGCAGGACAGCUGUCCUUUUAUUCUCUGUGUGACCCCAUCACACUCUUACACACCUACACUGCCGCCCUCACUGAGCCCCUCCAUGCUGCAUUAUAUGUAGAUUAUGGGUGUAUAACUGUAUCUGCGGGAGUCAGGGACUGGGAUGAAUUAUCAUAAGAAAUCUGCCUAGAAACUGGUGACAUCACAGGGAGGGGAAUGUGAAUGGUGGAAUACUUAUCCAACAGAAUGAAGCAGUGGGUAGAGCUAUAGCUGAGCCCCUCCCCCUGUGUAACCAGGUGACCAGUAUGUCUGGACUUGCUCCCAUGUUGGUGUUAUGGCCCCCGUACAUCACAUAGAUAUGGUCCCCACAGUAGUAUAUGUCAGGAAUAUUAAACAUGUUUAAAACCUCCAAUUCCCAGAUCCCAACCUAAAACGGUCUGGAUCGGUAUAUCUGGCUUUUUUAACAUGUUUAAUUUCUCAGGUUCCCCGAUGAAUCGCCAGUCAUUGCUGACGUGGAUCCAGAAGGUGGAUCAGUGAAUCGGGGAAAUGGGCAGCCUGAUGUGUGGGGGUCUUUAGAAACUGUCAUUAUAAAUAUAUACUUAUACAUUUCUGUGAGAUUUCUCCGACUCACUGAGAGCUGUGAUUGGCUGCAAUAUCUGUCUGUCAGCCUGUGUGUACCCUAUUACUGCUGCAGUCACUUGCUCCUAUUGGCUGUGAUGUUUAUUGUGAUGUUUCUGUAUAGCUCCUCCUAUUGGCUGUGAUAUCGGGAUAAUGUCUCUGUAUAGCUCCUCCUAUUGGUAAUUGUAGUUUCUGAAAUAAUAAAAAAAUGGGUUGGACUACAACUACAAGCAUGCCUUAUUGCUUUGCUGUAAUAAUAUGUCAUUUGUAGAAAUCCAUAAUUCUAAUAAAUAUGAUUUUCUCGUAA